AUGACUUGGAACCUUUCAAUUGAUAAGAUAAUAGGUACCUCUACCACCAGCGCUGCCCAAUGGACAGUACAAGGAAAUCAUAUAGCAUAUACUGUGAGUAAUGGUAUUGUUGUUGCUACAAUUGAUGAUGAGAGCCUGCUGCACAAAGUAACACAGCAACGUUUCUUCUGUGCCAAUAAUUCACUUAAACCUUCCCCUCCAGUUCUAGGUUCUGAUUGCAUAUUAGAACCUGAAGAGGUAUGCAAAGAUUCUUUUGGAUAUCCUAAGGGAGGAGACCCUAUAAUAAUUCACAACAGAGAAGAGGAUGAUUUUAGCGGUGGUUCAUUCGAUCCCAACACCCCAACACCAAUGGGUAUGGGAGGAACACUAGCAACAACAUCACCCUCCAAAUUUAAAAAGAGCCGCAACAUAAGUAGUUUGGCACUUUCUCCCAAUGGUAGACUAUUGGCAGUGGGAGAAUCAGGACACCAGCCCCGGAUCCUAAUAUACUCUUUAGCCCCGGAACUGGAUUUGACUCCGAUAAUGCAAGUGUUUGAACAUUCCUUUGGAAUUCAGCAUUUGCAAUUUUCCCCUGAUCUGAAGUUAUUGGUCAGCUUGGGGGUGGUUAGCGAUGGCUUUAUUAAUGUGUGGAAAAUUGGUUCUUCCUUCAUUUCCCUUUUAUCUCUGAACAAAUGCACUUCUUUGGUGAAUCAAAUUGUUUGGAAGAAUCCACUUUCGUUUGUAACUUUGGGUUUAAGGUUUAUUAAAAUAUGGCAUGUCGAAGGUAAUAAGGUGCUAAAGGGUCGUAAUGUUAUUCUUGGACCAUUGGUGAACUCAAACUUUGUUUCAGGUCAAGCAAUAGAUAUUGAGGAAAUAGCAGUGAUAACCAGUGAAAACCAGUUAGUGCUUUUGAACACUGCUGAUACCAAUUUAAAAUAUAUUGAUUAUAAUUUGAAAGAUCCAGUCAGCAUUACUGGAGAUUCCUCUUCUAUUUGGAUUUUAUCAAAAGAUGGAACUAUUAAUCAUACUCCAAUUGAUCUUUUACAAAUAAGCGAUGAAAUCCCAAAACCAGGACUUAUUAAGCAGUCUUCAAGUCCGUUAAAAAUGGACUCCAUGAAGGCACAUCCUGAUACUAUUCAAGAAAUCAUUAACAUAGUUGACCUUAACAAUGAUUAUUUGGUGUAUUUAACAGGCUCCAAAGGAAUUAAGUUAUUCAACAAAAACGACAAGACUGUUUCGAACCUAACAAUUCCAGUAAUACCAAAUUUGGCAGGUCUUGAUCAAAUUGAAGGGGGGUUGAAGAUUAUGGCACUUGCCGUGAGUGGCGAAGUAAAAUUAAUCAAUAUAGAAAAUGAUGAUCUACAAAUAACGGAUGUGUUUUGCUUUUCCCAAUUCAUAGGAAAUCCGAGUGGUAUUGCCUUUAUUUCUGACAACGAGUUAGCCUUGGGGGACAAAGAAGGGAACUUAUGUUUCUUCAAGAGUAUCAGUGGCUCCGAAUACUCACUAAGUCAACAAUUCAAAGCUCACUCCUCGGCCAUAAAUGAAAUUGUUCAUUUGAAUGUCGAUGGAACUUCAGUGAUUGUAAGUAUUGGGCGAGAUAGAAUGAUCCAAGCAUUUUCAAAGAUUACUGAUGAAUGGGAUUUACUACAAACAUUAAAUUUACAUAAUGGAAAUCUAACACACUUAGAAGUGGAUCGAAAAUACUCCAGAAUAUAUGUGGGCUCGCUGGAUCGAAGUCUAUCCGUUCAUUCAAUAGUCAAAAAUUUAGAAGGAGAGAUAACAGUUAAGCUUGAUAAGGUUAUAUCCUUGAGAACUGCUCCCAUUGCGGUGAAACUUACAGACCAAGAUGUUAUCGUUUCAACAAAUGAUAGAACGCUCCAAAUUUAUAAUAACAAGACUUGCGAAUACAAGAGAACGUUGAAGCUAUUUAAUGAGAAAGAUAGUUUAUUAAUUGAAGAAAUGUUGGUACUUGACCAGCAGAUCAUCGUUUCUUCUUCAGACAGGUCAGUCAGAGUCUUUAAUUAUUCUCUAGGAAGACCAAUUCUGACAUUGUGGGGACAACUGGAUUUAAGACUUUUCAAAGGCGGAGAAAAGUCUAUUUUGGGACUUAAUAGCGAAGGGUGUAUGAUAAGAUAUACAUUUGAGACCCAAGCGAUAGAUGAACCCAUAGUUGCAACAAAAGUUACUAGAAAGAUUGUUCCACCAGUCAGGAAAUUAACCAACUCAUCCAUAAGUAGCAGUUCUGAUAUUUCAAAUGGAAGUAUCAAUCUUUUACCAGCUGAAUCGUCUUCAAAGAAAGCAACUCCAAACUCGAGUCCUCGACUUACUGGUGCAACAAUUAAAAGACUUGAAGCUCGAGGUAUUUCUCCUUCAAGUUUGGUAGGAAGUUCAUCUGUUGGACUUGGAUCAACUUCAAGACCAAGUUCUCGAUCUUCCUCACCUAUGAAGCCCUCAUUGAAUUCACAAUUAUCAUCGGCAUCACUAAAAUCUCCAAUAAAAGAUAAGCCGAUUCUACGAAGCCCAGGAAAAUCGUCUAUUAUUUCACUGUCUCCUGUGUUUGGAGAUAGUCGUCGAAUGAGUUCUCCUUCCCGAACUCCCAUAUCAACAUCAACAAUUGAAGUUAAAUCAUCAUCUUCGAUACGGACGUCUAGGCAAGCCACCUCGUCUCCUUGUAGACCUGGAUCAAGAGGUAUAUGCAUCAAUAAGCCCCAAAUACCUGUUUCACGGUAUCUUGAAGUUCUUGAUAAGAUAAUCGAGUCAUUGGGUCGUGGAGAGAUUGGAGAUGAAGAUAUUCCAUUGUUUACCCUGAAGAUAGACCAUAUAAAAACGAUUAUUGAUAUUUAUGACACUGAUGGAAGUGAUGUGGAGGCUAACAAUGGCAAGACUGCUAUCAAAGACUCUACUCAAUUACUCGAAGACUACAGUGAAAAGUUGAUGCUGAUGGUUAAAAGGAAACUAGACGAUCUUUCAUUUGGUCCGGAUUAA